AUGGAAUCAGCUAAGAGACCAGUGGCGAAAAAUAAAAAAAAUCAUGUAACGAAAUCGGGACAAGCCAAUAAGCCAGUAAGGAAGUGGCGAUAUGAAGAACAAAUGUCUUUUUUGGAACCAUUUGUGCGCCAAAGGGAAACAAUUGGCAAUCUUAACAACACUAAUGAUAUAGAGGAAAAUGAACCUGAUACACAGGAGAAUACCGCUGUUACUGAGACUCAAGAAAAUACCACUGUUACUGAAAGUGAUGGAAACACAUCAGAAGCUACAAGGAUACCUGCUACUGCAACCGAAUUUACCCCUACUCUAAAAAAGCAGCAAUUUUCUUCAAAUAUAAAACAAUUAUCGAAACUAAAAAAAGAUGAACCUGCUUCUUCACAAUUAAUAAAUUACCUUAUUGAGAAGCAACAAAGCGAAGAAGCUAGUCGCUCUGCAGCAAAAGAUCCAACAGAUUUUUUUUGUGAAAAUAUUACUGAAAAAAUUAAGCUAUUCACGCCAUAUUAA